AUGAAGAGAGGCGAGUAUGGCCAAUGUCACCUUGGUGACAGGAUUCCUUCUUGUGGGGUUUUCUAACAUCCAGGAGCUGCAGAUUUUAUAUGGUGUGCUCUUCCUAGUGGUUUACCUGGCAGUCCUAAUGAGUAACCUUAUCGUCAUCACUCUUAUUACACUAGACCUGCAACUCAAGACACCCAUGCACUUCUUCCUGAAGAACUUGUCCUUGUUAGAUGUCUUCCUUGUGUCUGUCCCAAUCCCAAAAUUCAUCAUCAACAGCUUAAGCCACAACAAUUCCAUUUCCAUUCUAGGAUGUGCCUUCCAUCUACUUUUAAUGACUUCCUUCUCAGAGGGUGAGAUAUUUGUCCUUACUGCCAUGUCCUAUGACCGGUAUGUAGACAUCUGCUGUCCCCUGCACUAUGAGGUCACCAUGAAUGAUGGUGCUUGUCUGCUGAUGGCAAGUGCUUCCUGGGCCAUCGGAGGACUCUUUGGAGCUAUGUAUACAGCCAGCACAUUUUCCAUGCCUUUCUGUGGCUCCAGUGUGAUCCUACAGUUUUUCUGUGAUAUCCCUUCAUUACUGAGGAUUUCCUGCUCUCAAACACUCAUGGUAAUUUAUAUAAGUAUUGGAAUUGGUACAUGUUUAGGCAUGUCUUGUUUCAUCUGUAUUGUGAUCUCUUACAUUUAUAUUUUCUCCACUGUGCUGAAGAUUCCUACCACUAAAGGUCAGUCAAAAGCUUUUUCCACAUGUCUCCCCCAUCUUGUUGUUUUCACUGUUUUUAUCAUAACUGCUUGUUUUGUUUAUCUCAAGCCACCUUCAAAUAUACCAUCUGUCAUUGACAGACUGCUUUCUGAUUACACUGUGAUACCUCCAAUAAUUAAUACUGUAAUCUACAGCCUGAGGAACAAUGACAUGAAACGGGCUCUAAUAAGAUUGGUGCGAAAAAUGUGUGGUCAAGAGGCUCACCUCAUCUAGCAUUUCUAAGUGUCUGUCAAUGAUAUAGUACCUUACAUACCACAAGGAAUUUUUCUUAAUUUUAACUUCGG